GCAGCUGCUCCGCAGCCGGGAGUGGAGCUGCAGCAGUUGCGAGAGGAAGCCGCCAUCAGGGGCCCAGAGUGGCUGCUAGGAGCUGUGGCCGAGAUGGGUCGAGAUCACUUGCGAGAAAUGAGCAAUGCUGCGGGGUUGCCAGUUAGGGCAAACAGCAGCAGUAAGUGGUUACCGGUGUCAGAACUGCGGGAAGCGCUGCUGGCAUAUCUGGCUCCUGAGGCUGAGAAG